AUGUCAAAAGUGUACAGAUCUCUGUUUUUGAUCGUUUUUGUUAAUAUGGGAAGUUAUACAUUUGGCAUCAUAAUGUUUACAUUAUUUACUAUACUAACUACUUUAAAUUUUAUUUCAUUCAAUUUAUUAAAUUUUACAAUUUUUGGCACUAUUGGUGCAACAUUCAUUAAUUUUGGCAGUGCUUCAAAUGCACCAAUUCUUUACAUAAACAGGUAA